ACGUCUAUGGUAGCGCUCUCCUCGCUCGAUCUCUGGCGCCGCGCGAGCGCCAGCGGCGAUGGCGCCAGCGGCGGCGGCGGCCACAGCUAUUCGAGAUUUCCAUCGGAUUUUCCCUUCCACAAGCGCAUUCCAGGUACUCGAUUCGUGGUGGAUGGACUCGGGGCGCAGUGUGCUGGGGACUGGUCCAGGGCGUAUUUCCUCACGCACUUCCACGGCGAUCACUACGCCGGGCUGGCGCCGUCGUGGGACAAGGGGAUGAUCUUCUGCUCGCAGGUGACCGGGCACUUGGUGGUGGGGGCGCUGGGUGUUCGCCGGGAUUUCGUGGUGGAGCUUGCGAUGAACUCUGUGAUCUGGAUUGACGAGUGCCAAGUGACGCUGGUGGAUGCGAAUCAUUGCCCCGGGGCUGUGCAGUUCUUGGUGGAGGUCCCCGAGCACGGAACUCGGUUUGUUCAUACGGGGGAUAUGAGGUUUACGCCGGUGAUGAAGGAGGAUGCCUCGCUUUGCAACUUUGUUGGAGCCGAUGCCGUGUUCCUGGACACCACUUACUGCAAUCCAAAGUUCGUGUUUCCAGCACAGGAAGAGUCAAUCAGCUAUAUCGCAGAGACCAUCGAGAGGAUGAUGCUGCAAGAGGAGAGAAGCCAGCAGCGCACGCUGUUCCUGAUAUCCACGUACGUGAUUGGGAAGGAGAAGAUUUUGUUGGCCGUGGCUGAGAGGUGCAAGUGCAUGAUUUACGUGAACGAGAAGAAGCUCGCGUUGCUCAAGUGCUUGGAUUUGGGAGAGCAGGCAAUGCUUUGCUUCACGACCGAUCAAGCACGGAGCUCCGUGCAUGUCGUAGGCUGGAAUGUUCUUGGGGAGACUUGGCCGUUCUUCCGUCCCAACUUCAGCAAUAUGGAGAUGUUGUGCCUGGAAAACAAGGUUGAUCGUGUGGUUGGUUUCGUUCCAACGGGCUGGACGCACGAGGCAACUUUUCCAGUGAGGAAAAGGGGCUCACUGGAAAUUCAUCUGGUGCCAUACAGCGAGCAUUCUAACUAUGAAGAGCUGAGGGAGUACGUGGGAUUCUUAAGGCCAAGAGAAGUCUUUCCGACGGUCGGGCUUGAUGACAAAGGCAUGGACAGCAAGACCGCGGACGCUAUGAAGAAACACUUUCGUAAUCUCGUGGACGAGACUGGAAGCAAGAGGAAGUUCCUUAAAGGCUUUAACAGGAAAGCGACGAAUAAAACACCGGAGGUAGAAAACGAGGAUUGCAGCGAGCAUCUGACUGCCUUUGGACGUAAUGCCAGGAGGAGGAGCAGGGAAGAUUUUGAGCAGAACGAUGGAAGCAACGAUAUAAGCAACGAGAAUAUCGAGACGAAAAUGCAGCUAAAGAGCGUCCUGCCUGAGUCGGUCUCGGAUACACAGAUUGAGAAGCUGCUCUUGGAAGCAUCGGGAGACCUUAAUGCCGCGGUGGCUCUUUUUUGCAAACAGCAAGCUUCACCAGAACGGAAGGACACAGGCACAACGAUCACUCUGAGAUCCUGUAGUUCUCAGAGUGCUAAAGGGCCGAAGCAUCCUCCAGCAACACCGCCUCCCGGUAGACCAACGAAAGUUCCAACUACAAACAAGUCUAGAGGAUCUAAAAGUAAGACGAAGAACUCAUUAAUCAGCGGCCAAAGGUCUCUUCUUUCGUUCUUCAAGAAAGAAUCCGCGUCGUCCGAAGCAACAGAAAGUAGGAGCUCUGGAACGACAACUGAUCAAAAGGUGAAGCAGCUAGUCACCAUGUUAGAGGUGUCUGAACCUUCAGCGUUGGCUUUACUAGAAAAGGGAGGCGGGGAUAUCGCGGCAGCACUAGACUUGCAUUUCAAUUCCGCCAACAUCUCAGAGGUACCAGCUAUAACAUUGAAAGAUUGUAACGAGGAGAACUUGCAAGAUCCUUCGACAGCAGUGGCGGUGGAAACAAUAGAUGACAUGAGCGAAGGCAGGCUGGAUGGAAACGUUUCAAGUGGUCGAUUAUCACAACCCAAAGAAAGCUCUAGAGCAACAUACGUAGCAUUACCACUCAGCAGCUAUGAUCCUGUCCACCACGCUUGCUGGAAAGCCGAUGAACUAGCACCAUACUUGCAUCUGGCACGCACGUUUGAACUCGUUGAGAAAGAGAGUGGUCGCUAUCGUACCACAGAAAUGCUGUGUAACAUGUUCCGGAGUUUGCUAGCGCUGUCAUCGGCAGAUGUUCUUGCUGCACUGUAUUUGACAACAAAUCGUAUCGCCCCCGAUUAUGAAAAUGUGGACCUGAGCAUCGGAACAGCUACCGUGGUUAUGGCUAUUGAAGAAGCAACAGGAACACCGAAGUCCAAACUUAAGGAGAUGUACAACCGUAUGGGCGAUCUGGGUGACGUUGCACAAGCAUGCAAGCAAACACAAUCCAUGCUGAGGAAUCCGCAACCGUUACUGAUACGUCACGUUUUCAGCACAUUAAAGCAGAUAAGCAAAGAAACCGGCAUCGGAAGCAGUAGUCGCAAGAAAAACAUGGUUGUGGGUCUCCUGCGAUCAUGCCGUGAGAAGGAAGUCACAUAUCUUGUACGCACUCUGGUACAGAACAUGAGAAUUGGUGCUAUGGUACGAACGGUUCUUCCAGCUCUGGCAGAAGCGGUUGUAUUACAUCGGGACAAUUCUGCAGUAGCGGCCUUGAAGCAUCAGGAAGUGUCAGCGCUAAUUGUAGAGGCGUUCAAUCUUGUUCCAAAUUUUGACAUACUAGUUCCGUUUCUACUAGAACAAGGCAUGGUAGCACUAGCUACGAGGAUGGUUUUAACCCCUGGAAUUCCCAUAAAGCCCAUGCUAGCAAAAAUUGCAAACGGGGUCCCUGACGUGUUGAAAAUCUUUGAAGGAAAAUCGUUUACGUCGGAGUUUAAGUAUGAUGGCUUUCGAGCACAAAUUCAUCUUUUAGACGACGGAUCCGUUCGAAUCUUUUCUCGUAAUUGCGAGAAUUCAACGUCGCGUUUCCCGGAUGUGGUCGAAAUUAUUAAGUCGUCAACGAUCAAAAGAGACAGCCGAUCAUUUAUCAUCGACGCAGAGCUGGUCGCAGUUGACAGGGCAAACAACAAUAAGUUAAUGGCCUUCCAGUCACUCAGUACUCGUGAGAGAGGGGGACGAACAGGGACGGGUGUGGAUUUGGACAAAAUUACGGUCAACGUUUGCGUUUUCGUCUUCGAUGUUAUGUACGUGGAUGGUGAACCGUUUGUAAAAGCACCUCUCAGGCUCAGGAGACGACGCAUGCAUGACUUGUUUCCAGAAGUAAGGCCUGGUUAUCUCGAUUUUGCGGCGGAGAAGACUUUCACACCCGAGGAGCAUAACACGGAGCAUAUCCAGGACUUCUUGGGACAAGCUAUUGCUGCUUCAUGUGAAGGAUUAAUGGUAAAGGCCCUGGACGAAGGCUCGUUUUACGCUCCAGCAAAAAGAGCAGAAUCUUGGCUCAAGCUGAAGCGAGAUUAUGUCGAGGGAUUGAGCGAUAGUCUUGACCUUGUACCUAUUGGAGCUUGGUAUGGGAAUGGACGCAAAGCUGGAUGGCAUAGCCCGUUUCUCCUUGCGUGCUACGAUCCUGAUCAGGAGGUAUUCCAAAGCGUUUGCCGCGUUAUGUCCGGCUUCACCGACGCCUUUUACGAGCAGAUGAAGGAGUUUUACUCGGAGGACAAGCUUCUAAGCAAAAAACCAAGCUACUAUCAAACUUUGGAGCGGCCCGAUGUGUGGUUCGCAGCUGCUAAAGUGUGGGAGAUUCGCGGCGCCGACUAUACAAUCUCCCCGGUUCACCAGGCAGCCGCUGGCCUAGUCCAUCCAGACCGAGGCAUUUCCUUACGCUUCCCCAGAUUCGUGGGCGAGAGGAUCGACAAGUCCCCGGAAGACGCAACGUCGCCGAGCGAGCUCGUACAGCUCUUCAACGCGCAGACCCGCAAAGUCGACAUUCCAACAUAAAAGCCAGCACACGCUCUAAAGUACGCUACGACUCCGAAAAGGCAGUUCCAACGAUCGAGGAGGUAAGUAAGCUUGUCGUCGAAGAGAGAAAGAACUCUUGUCAUAUACAGUCGUCCGAAAAAAAGAAUCGCUCGAUCACUGGAGAAUCGAGGCAGUGUGGUGGAACCGCUCGGUCACUUUGCGAAUCGAGGCAGUG